GCACAGGCAUAAAAGGGCUCCAGGUGAGUAGGGAGCACCUGCCACCAGCACCAUGACGCGGGCUGGAGCUCUCCUGCUGCUCUGCGCUGCCUUGCUCCUCAUCGCGGGUGGAAAGUGUGAUGACAUCUGCCCACCCUUGAGGGACACGGUUGACCUGUUCAUAUCGGGAAGACAUGGGGCCUAUAUUGAACAAGUUGAAAAGUAUAACAAAACCUCUGAUGUACCGGAAACUGCCGAUACCCUAAAGAGCUAUGCUGAUAAGAGUUUGACAGCCGAGGAUAAGCAGGAUGCUCUCAGUACUCUGGUGGGUCAGGCUGUGUAUAAAUGUGCCUGUGGGGACUGUGUGGGGACCAAAGGUCUGAAGCGCACUCUACAUUAUGAGGACAACAGCAGCCAUAUUCCACUUGGAGGGCCUUCUACCAUCCCUGGCCAGUGCUCCUCAGGACUGCCAAGGCCAUAA